UUUGGUUCCAGGUUUUGUCUGUGAGAUUUAAGAGCCCUCUGCUGCUGGAAGUCAUCCUUCUUUAUACAAGUUUUUCAAACACUGUCCACCCCUCCCCGCCAAUCUGCUCUUGAAUGGACCAAGUUGAAUGCUUUUGCUGUCUGGCAGUUACUACAACUUCUUCCUGGGCCCCUCUGAAGUUGAACAUGAACUUGCAGUGUGGUUCCUGGGACUGUCUGUAGCUGUCUAGUGCUAUACGUGAGCUCAUACCUACAGGAGCCCCUGGGCUUUCCCUGCUGGAAGCUUGUGUCCAUCUGAGUAGCUUCUCCCUUUCAGAACUCCAGAUCUGUGGUAAAGGUGUUGAAACAGCGCUGUGUUGAGGGCAAUCCUGGUAGAAAAAUCCUUGUCCUGGAUGGUGCUCUCAGUUACUCUUUCCACCUUUCUCAUCUCUUCCGCCAGCUGUGGCUGGUCCCUGCUGGGUUUGCAAUAAUUGCCUCUCCUGGUUCUGACGGCACAGUUUAACCUGGAACUGCAAAAGGUUGCUGAGGCCGUUAAUGUCUCGGGUUAAUGCUUUGAGUCCUGUUUUUUGAAUGUGAAUGACUCUGAACAUCUUUUUCAGUUGUUCUUGGGUGUAACUUGUGCAGCCCUGUGGUCUUUCAAUUGCUGCUUUUUAGCAUUUCCACUAGUCAUUAGUGUAAUAGGAAAUAAUUGUUAAUCACUUUCAGACAGACACGUAUCUGACUGUUCAGAACCUGGUGAGAGCCUCUCCUACACAAUGGUUGACACUUAUGUUGGGUUUUUUUUAUUAUUAUUUUAUUUUCUAUCAAAUACUAUGUCUGGAUCAUUGUUUAAUUCCUACUUUCUUUGGUGUAUUUCAAGCAGGUCAGCCUUUUGUCCUUAAAUCUGCUGAUACAAACUUUUAACUGCUGGGUAAUUCUCUUUGCUGUCAACAUACUUUAGCAUAAUAGUAUGUACUGUUAAUACGAUACACUCCUUUGGGGUCAAAUGGGGAUAGAGGGGAUUCUGAGCAAAUCCUCUUUAUCUGCGUAACUGGUUUGUCUUGUUUUUGGCAAAGGGGAUGGAUUCUCUGUUAAAGGGCAUAGAAGGUGUUUCCAUUUGGAAAUAUUCCCUUCUGUUCAAGUGACAUUAUACGGCUGCUGAAAACAGUGUGCAUCUUGCAGGCUGGGUGAAGAGAGGGAUGGGGGAGGCAGAUAAACAAAUCUGAGACCCCUUUUGUCCUUCAUAUGUUCACCCUUCCUCCUGCCCAGCUGUCCUUGCCCCAUAUUUUAGGAGAGCUCAACCUUGUCUAAAUUCUGGCUCUGGGCCUUCUAGCAAAAUAGAUUCAUGUGGCUUAAGUGUUUACCUACAGCAAAUUGUCCCACUAUUAUUUCAAAAGCCUUGUUAAUACGGGGUGUCGCUUGGGCAAUAGGAAGCCAGCAGAAAGCAGAGCCUGCAGGCAUCCUGGUGCGCUAGAGACACAGCCCUGCUUGCCACUGUCUUAUAGCACAUAUCAUCUUGGUGAUCUCUGAAGGUGGUGACAGUGUGACAGCAGGCACCAGCACAGUAGAGUGUGCUAGGAAGGGAGAGGUCUCUGAAAGUAUGCUGUGCACCAAAACCGAUCCUUUGAUGGUGAAAUAGCCCCAUCUUUGGCUUGCCACAUGUGAUAUUAGCAGGCUCUUGAUCUGAGCAUCCGAAAGGGAAGAUGCAACAGACAUGGCUGAAAUGGCUUUCAUUGGUUUCAUUGUCUCUGCUCUCUCACCUACCCAUUAAAAAAAAAAAACAAAAAAAAAAAUCUUUAUGAAAAUAGGAAGCAGUGGGUGAGAAAUAAGUACAUUUCUGACAUUUAAGGGAGACUGCCACUGUGCCUGCAAUCCCACCAAGAAUAAGCUGUCUGCAUUAAACUGUCAGAAAAAUCUUGAGAGCGGAUCCUCUCCAGGCAAAGCUGUGUGCUUGAUGACUUUUGACAUGCUUGUCAGCAAUGCCUACAACUUUGAGGAAGCCCCGGGCCUCAGUCCCUGCUCCCUGAGCCAUCGUUGUAUUUUACAGCAGUUGAAUGGGCCACAGAGGACAUUAAAGAGAUGGAUACACCCUGACACCCAUGUCUGUCUUGCAGAGAGCCAGAGGCACAUUGUGCUCACCCCUCUGAGAGCAAGGGAGUGCAGGUGCUGACUGCUGAGCCCCAGCAGCAGGCCUGGGGUGGUGGGGAGUGUGCUGGCUGGAGAUGCUUGCCCAACCACCCUGCUGCCUCUCUUGGCUCCCUGUGCCUUGGAGGCACCUCUCUUUCUCCAUGCCCAGCCCUGGCGAGCAAGCUGGAGUUCAGCACGUGGCAUGGGAGAUGCGGAGCUGAGCCCAGCCCGUUGUGUGAGCGUCUCUUGUAGUGUUUGUAGGAGUAGAUGCAGACCCAUCUCCAGGCUGGGUGAGGAGCGCCGUGCUGGGUGAGGGUAGGCACGACCAGGCUUGAACUGCUGGAGUUGGAUUUAUGUUGCUUUUGUGUCUUCUAUGACAGAAACCUAGAAGUACGAGAAAAGAGCCAGACGGGUUGCUGAAACCUCUCGUGCUGCGGAUCACUGCUGCAGCAAACAACUGUGGUGAACAUCUUCAAAAAGCAGUAGGGUGUCUGGUGGUGCAGAGAAGGCUUUGAGAACACAUCUGAUUUACUGGUGCGGUUGGAGGUAAAGCUGAGCCCUUGUUCUGUUCUCAGACCCUAGUUUUGAUGUUCAAGAUCAAAGCCUGCAUGUUGGGAUCGCUUCCUUCAGCCACAGAGGAGACAGAUCUCCAGUUCGUUUGUGUAUUAAGCAUUUCCUUUUUUAAACUGUACCCCAUACAACUGCACACUUCAAUGUAGGUCUGUAAAAUGGAAGAGCAAGUUGCUGUUUAUAAUUGCUUGUGUGUACCCAUAAAUUUGUGGGAAAGUCUUAUUGCCACCGCUUAGAGAUCUGAGGUCAAUGAGGAAUGGAAAUUGAGAAAUUGGAAAUUGAGGAGUGAAAAUGUCCCUGUCUCUCCUCAUUAUGAUUUUGUAAUGAGCUCUUGUAAAUGCUGGUCUUUGCAGCAUGGCUUGAAUUCUGAAUCCUUUCUUGGAAGGCAAGAGAAAAUCUACCAAGAUGAGUAGCACAGUGCCUACCUUAGGAUUUAAUCACAAGUUUCUCGGGCAGGUUAGGUCCUGCUGCAGUGCUCAGCACUGACCUGAAGAGAUAAUGAAAAAGCCCUUCUCUUCUAACAUGGAGAAGCCUUAGAGGUGACUGUGGGAUUGCCAAUAGUAUUUGCAAAGGUAAGAGGAGCAGCAGAAGCUGCCAGAAGAGCCACCUUGUGCCCCAAGGCACUGUGUGUUUCCUAUGUUACAGCACGUGGCUGGUUCAGCUGGGCUAGCACCCACAGGGAUUUGGUGUGGGUAAAGGCAGCCCUCUGAGCUGGCCUCACUUGGGCUGUUAAUGCUGGGGCAGCUCUGCUGAGGCUGCAGCACUGGCAGCCUCGCCUCUUCUCAGUGAAGCUGUAUUUUAUUACAGUGGGACAGUGUCUGUGACCGGUGUUCUGCGACUUGGGAUCGAUGCCCUAUGGAGCAGCCAAGGAAAAGGCGGGAGUAAUUUUGCCCUGUGUGAAAUGAAGCAAUUCCCCAGCACCCACCCCUGCACUUCAGAUCAGGUCUUCAUCCUUCUGCCAAGGGGAGGAGUCACCAGCUCUGCCUCUCCCCUCUUGCGCAGGAUGCCAGAGGUUUUGUCAUUCCUUUUGCUCUGCUUGUGGUCCAGGACGCUGCAGUGGAAAAGCCUGUGCCCACGUGGGCUGCUGGAAAGGGUGGCUGGCUGGUGGGUUAUGUGCCGGGCUCAAUACUCUGCCCCCGACUGGCAGCGCAGCCCUCACGUGCACCCCACAAGCGCUUCGCUGCUGAGUGCACAGGCUUCCCAAGCCCAGUUCUGUUGUGAGCACGGUGUGCGUGCACGCUGCCUCAGUGUGGGAGGAGCAGGUGGGUGCCCCGAACUUGCAGCUGAGAGCGGAAACUCUUUGGGGUUUGCUGUUGAUGCUUGAGGCUUUCAUAGAGUUGCAGCAUCUGAGCUGAGUGUUCAUUGCUGGAGCGAUGCAGGCGUAUAAAGGCAGAGCUGGGUCUUCCCCCAGGGCUCAGUCUGGGACAGCCCCGGCAGUUUUUGGCUGCCACAUGGAAGAUCAUGCCAAGCAUGUCCAGCCUGUCCCGAUCCCAGCCAUGCAGCAGAACUUGAAUUAUGUGUACCCCCAGAUCUUUUGGGUAGACGGCUGUGCCAAUCCAAGUGCUUCCUGCCCCCCAGCAUCCCCCGUCUCUCCGUUCCCACCACCAGUACCUGACCGGAGGACAAAGCCAACGAUCAACAGAGAAAGGAGGAGCGUCAGCUUCCUGGUGAUCUUCUUGCUGAUCCUGCUGGCCCUCACUGGAGUGGGGCUGAGCAUGUUUCAGAUUUUCCACCUGGAGAAGGAACUGGCUGAACUCAGAGAGUCUGCCAGCACUGAACACAUCCCUCCAGCUUUGGAGAAACUCAUAGGGCAGAAGGAGCAGUUGAUGGGAAAGGAAGUGACGAAGGCAGCACACUUAACAGGGAACCCGGCCCAGCGGGACCUCCCUCUGGAGUGGGAACCCAUCUCUGGCCAUGCCUUCACCAAUGGCGUCGAGUACCGCGAUCAGGGCCUCGUCAUCAAUGAGACCGGCCUGUACUUUGUGUACUCCAACGUGCUCUUCCGGGGCAGUGUCUGCAGCGGCCAGGUGUUGACUCAUGUCGUCUACAAGAAAAACCCAGCCUUGCCAGGCAGCCACGUGCUGAUGGAGGACAAAGGCAUCAACUACUGUAUGAGUCAGAAAACAUGGGCCCGGAAAAGCUACCUGGGGGCUUUAUUCAAGCUCAGGAAGAUGGACAGUUUGUACGUCAACGUCUCCAAAAUUGCUCUGGUUAAUUUUGAGGAAUCCAAGACAUUCUUUGGCUUAUUUAAGCUUUGAAUGGGGCUGUUGGAGCACAGCUGGCGGCCCUCGCCACGCACUCUGGUGUAUGAGGGGUGAGUGUUAUCAGAGCGGCAGUGGCCAAGCCAAGAUCUCGCACCUUGAAGCCCACCAAGAAACAAUGUUUGGUCUUCAGUGUGAGAGGCUCAAACAACUGGUAAAGGCCUGAAAUCUCUGGGAAGCACUGAGGCUAUACGGCAUCGACCUGAAGAGAAUUGCACAUUUACUCCCUUCAUAAAGACCAACAAACUGAAAACGUAGUGUGCUGAAGAUCCACUACUUGCUACCUGAGAAUAUGCUGGUGUCGGUGGCCCCGUGUGGUGUCAUAGCCCUGGUGAGCUUUGGCCAGCAGGCAUGCGGGGACAGCCGGUGGGUGUUGGAGGCCCCUUGAGCCAGGGCUGUGGGUGCCUGGGCUGUGCCACACUACACUGCAGGCAGUGGUGUGGGAAUGAGUAGUGUGGAGGCUUCAACUGCCCACCCCGAGCCAUGGCUGGCCACCCUGCCCGGGCACUUGGCACUGACUGCUGUACAACAGGCACAUGCCUGCUAGCUGGCUCGUUAUGCAUUCUAUGUUCAUUUAGCGUUAAGUUAUCGACUGUUCCCACCACGCAAAAUGUCCCCCCAAACCAUUUAUUUAACUCAUCCUGACUGCCUUGCAAUGAAUGCGCCAGAAGCAGCUGGUGCCAUGAGGGGGAGAUCCCCAAUCCUGGAGUGAAACCAUGACCUUGCAGUGAUGGGUGGGACUGGUGGGGAGGCCAUGUGCUCUGCUGACAGGACCCGAACACCACAGCAAUGGAGAACAGUGGGGCCCAAGAUAAAAGCAGUAUCUCCAACCCCCUUCCCACCCUUUCGACACAUCAGGGUCCCCUAUGGAGACCUGGUCCUGCCACCCCCUGCAUGGUGCAGGUGGGGGUGUGCUGGCCACCAGCAAUGGCAUGGCUUUGGCUGGCCCCCUUAUCGCAGGAUAUUCUCUCCUGAGCAAAACACAGAUGGUAAAUAAAGGUAUAUUUUUCUAAUAA